AUGGAGUCCUCCUUGUCUUCCUCCGCAGUGGGUUUGGGCUCGGUCGACCCUCAGCUGCAGCAUUUCACCGAGGUAGAGACUCAGAAGCAGCGCUUCCAGCAGCUGGUGCACCAGAUGACGGAACUUUGUUGGGAAAAGUGCAUGGACAAGCCUGAGCCAAAGUUGGACAGUCGGGCUGAGGCCUGUUUCGUGAACUGCGUUGAGUGCUUCAUUGAUACAAGCCAAUUCAUCUUGAAUCGACUGGAACAGACCCAGAAAUCCAAGGCAGUCUUCUCAGAAAGCCUUUCUGACUGACUUGAGUAUGACCUCUUUGGAAAAGGAAGGUAGU